AAACAAUUCUAGGUUUGCGAAGAGAAGUAGUAUAGCUGUCCACUGAGAGAGAGAGAGAGAGAGAGAGAGAGAGAGAGAGAGAGAGAGAGAGAGAGAGAGAGCAACAUUACGUGAGUCACAAAUAGGAAAUACCUGAAUCUAUAAAAAGCACAAAACCAAAAGUACGAUCCAAUUGUUGAUAAAUAUAGCUCUAUAAGGUGAAACCAGGUUUUUACGACAGUUUCGUUCAUAAUCAGUGAACACGCCAAAAUGGAGAGGUGCAUGUUAUCCUUGCUGUUUUUUCUGGGAUAUUGUGCGGCCCAGGAUUCUACUGAUCCCACGGAAGUCGCCUCUACCCCACGAGAACCCAGCCUACUACCCAUCCUCAUCCCCGUGGUAACCACCAUUGUGUGUACAAUCUCCAUUAUUAUCGUCCUGAUCAUCUAUCUGCGAUGUUGUCAUCGCCCAGGUGGAGAUAAAGUCACUGACGCUGAGAAGGGUAAAAAGCCAGAGAAAAACAAAGGAGAAGAGAUGAGAAUUUUUAGCAGCGUUUCAACAGACAAAGAAUCGGAAUCAGUCCUAAAUGGAGCUAAAGACCAAUUGAGAGAAAUUAAAAGUCUGGAGAAAAAUCUUGCGCUUUCCAAAAAAGAAUUACAGAGUCUUAUGUGGCACGCCAACUCAGUAUUAAAAUUAAUAGAUGAGGGAAUAGAUGAAGAAAAUGAACCCAAAACACUGAAAGAUGAGCUUUUUGAGGAAGUAAACAAGAGAGUGGCAAAAGAUCCCAAUGACAAACCGGAUGCAGAGGGCGAGGAAUCGCAAGCCAGAAGGAUUGAAAGUAGCCGUGAGAAGGCGAACAGACUUUUUACAGAAACACACAAAGUAUUGAACGAAGGUAAAAAGCAUAUCAAGGAAGCAAACCAAAGAGACAUAGAGAUUAGAAACUUCACCAAAGACGCAAAGAAGGCUCUCGCACAAGUUAAGGACCGUGUACGAGGCAUGCGGAAGUCCUCAGAUAAAAAGAAAGUGUAUGUAACUUAUUUCCAAGACAAGUCAUAUGAAAGGUAAAGAUAACGAACAGUGAUCAAUCUCAUAUAACUCCUAUAAGCAAUACAAAAUAGAGAGUUGGGCAAACACGGACCCUGGAUACACCAGAGGUGGGAUCAGGUGCCUAGAAGGAGUAAGCAUCCCCUGUCGCCUUGAGCCCUAUAUCUUGAUCAGGUAAACGGAGGUAUCCGUAGUCAAAAUCAAUGUGCCAAGAACGGCUUAACAAUCGGUAUGAAACACGUCAGACAGUAUUUGACCCAAUGAUAGGUUGUAUUGGCAAACUAGAUCGGUAUUGAUUGAUUGAUUGUAUCCUGUUUAACGUCUCGCUGGAGAAUUUUUCACUCAUAUGGAGACGUCACCAAGACCGGUGAAGGGCAUCAAAUUUAGGCCUUUGUUCGGCGCUUACGGCCAUUGAGCAGUGAGGGAUCUUUAGCGUGUCACACCUACUGUGACAAGGGACAUCCGAUUUUAAGGUCAUAUUCGAGGACCCGUGACAUUUACACCUGAUGCCGAGCGUUUGGCGAUGGAACUCUUACUACCUGUUUUAACGACUUAAGUUUGUCGCUAGAUCAUCAUAACGACCAUAGAAUUUGCGAAAUGCUGACUCUAAACGAAACUGUUGAAACCCAGGGGUUUGUCACUGGCCUGCCUCGAUUUAAAAAAAACUGACCAUACGCAGAACAAGCUCUUGCAUAUCGAAUCAGUUGAAAGAUAUAAACACCAUAUGCAGGUGAUAAUGGAAUAUUGCUACAUAAAUAUGGGAAGUUGACGAUGGAGAAGCAAAAAUCAUCCCGUUUGUCAUAAAGUUGAGUUGUUAGUUUGCCGUUAGUAUCUACUUUCAAUAAAAUAUCUAAGUAUGAAGCAGAAGUGGACGACUCUGUGGUGUCUUUUAUUUCGAGUUCAUAGAGAUAUAUCGAAUCGACAUACACCUGUAUGAUUGAAAGAUAUCAUUGUUAAUAUAUAAAACGUUGUCGAUAUAUCUAAAUGUCGAAUUGAAGGCCACAGUAAGAGAUUUUUUCUUCUCAUGUAAACGUUUUUGAAUAAAUUCUGCUUCAUAGGAAUAUGAAAACAGGUCAGCUAACAAAGGAGCACAAUUCGUGCCCAUGGGAAUUCCAACAGACUGUUGGAAGACCUGAUCACCAAAAACCACGAAGAUAUUGUCAAUGAGGAACUCCAGCAUAUUCUUUAUUUCAACUUCAGAGUACUUAUGCAUGGAAUCAGAGUUGUGUUUAACAAAGUCAUUUUUGGAUGACUGAUCACUAGAUAUGAAGAUUUGCGUUUUCCAUUUUUGUUGAAGAAGCAACUGUCUAUGAUGUCAAAAAAUAUAGUCUUUAAUUUAUCGUGAAUUAUGAAUUUAAACCUAUUGAAUAGACGAUAAGAGCCUAGGUAGUAUCGUACGAAAACGGCUAUAAUCGGGGCUAAAUAAAUUUGUUUUAAACAUUGUGCGAUUUCUCUGAAAUUCAGUAAUGUUGAAAUACUGUGAAAAGAAAACAAUUCCUAAAAAUUUAUUCCAAUUUUCAAGUAGGCCUAUGACGUUACAAAGUUGGCGAUGUUUUACAUUUUUUCGAAAACUAAGUAAACUUUUCAGGCAAUUGUUCUGAUAGAAAUUAUGGGCCACAUGCGUCGAUCGAAACUAUUUUGAUAAACAUGCAACGAGGAAGUUUGUGAAACACAUAUACUUCUAUGUAUGGCCCAUGCAUUCUGAAAGAAAAAGUAAGAAAUAAAUAGCAAUUUUAGCGUUGGAGAUUUGUGACGUUAUGUGUUAGAUAGUAUUAUUAGUUACACAGUUAGUUAGUGACCUGAUACGGAAAAAUACAUGGUGUGAAAAGAAAACCCGUAUCGGGCUCGGCGAAAAAUACAUGGUGUGAAAAGAAAACCCGUAUCGGGCGAGGCGAAGCCGAGCCCGAUACGGGUUUUCUUUUCACACCAUGUAUUUUUCCGUAUCAGGUCACUAACUAACUGUGUAACGAAUUUAUCACGUCGAAGACCUCUAACUGUAUAUAUGUGGGGAGUCAAAUGUCUUUCCUUUUGACACGGCUGCAAGUCAAACCCGACGAUAAAUAAAAUUACUCGCCCAAUACGGAUUUUACUCGCAUGAUACGGUUUUUUUCACGGCGUCAUGUGACCAAGAUCUGACCAAUUAGAUUUCAACAAUUUUGUCUGAGGCGUGAUAAAAUGAAUACUAAAAUUUUGUUUUGUAUGCGUGUAAUAAUUUUGUUCAGAUAAAAAGAAAGACGGAAAACUUGGAACUGGGACUGG